CAGGUUAUCAAGACACUGAAACGAGCUCUUCAACCAGUUAUCUCAGAUGUGAGAGUAGCCUGGGACCUAACAGAAGGCUGGACUGUGCAGCAGGUCCCUUCAUCUCUUCCUCCGCUCUUCAGUGGUGACAGACUUGUGGUGUAUGGCCUUCUGAAGCCUUCAGAAAAUGCAAAGCAAGGAAUGAAUAAAGUACGAUUACAAGGCAUGUUUCAAAAUAAUGAGAAAGUUGAACAUUUGAUCACCUUUCCUACUUCUCUCCUGCCGACUACUUGUGUGACAGAUGAUGCAGCAAACGCAAGUGUCUUCCUACAUCGCCUGGCAGCUAAAACGUUUAUCCAAGUAAAGCAGGAUGUCCUGAAUGAAGGGUAUAACGGCGGCGUGGAAGAUGGAGGCCACAAAACUUUGUUAAUCAGCGUUAGUAAGUCAGCAAAUGUGGUGUCAAAGUUUACGUCGUUUGUGGCUGUUGAUAAAGAGAGCCAUCAGCAGGUAUCUGGACCCCUUCAGCGACAAUUUGUUCCUUCCUUUGGUUUGGUCUGUGAUUGUUACGAAUCAUCUGACGACGGUUCGGAUGACGACCUUUGCUUGGCAACGAAAGGCAAAACGUAUAAUAGUACUGUGUGGUGUGAAAUUCCGCGGAAAAGUUCCGUCAGCGGAGCAAGUAGACCAGUCCCUACUGAAAAACAGACGAGUUUGAAGCACUCUAUAGGCUCCUUUUUCUCGAAACUGUUUAGCGGGGCAUCGUUGUCGCGACCAAAGGGAAAAGAUCAAGGGCAAUCCUCUUAUGCUGCUUGUGCCUUGGAAGAGGCGGAACGCGAUAACAUAACCAAACAAGAAAAAGAACCAGAAGAAGACGCCCCAGCUUUGUUGUCAGUUAUAUCAUUACAGAAAGCCUCAGGAGCCUGGGACCUCACCGACCAGCUGGUCUCCCUGUGUGGAACGAGCAAAGAUUCUUUGAUCACAGGAUGCCCAGCAGCGAUUGCAGUUGACUCGUCUGAAGGGAAGCUGUUAUGGGCCACUGCUCUGGCUCUGGUGCUGUUGAUGGGCAAGUUCGGGAAUAAGAAGGAUGAAUGGGAGAUGGUCCAAGAGAAAGGCAAAAAGUGGAUGAAGAAAAAUCUACCAGCAGCCAUUAAAUACGACGAAGUCAUAACGUUUGCAGCAGCUACAGUUGGAGUCCAGAUAUCAUGAACACCUGAACAGAUUAUUCAAAUAAUGAGGACUAGUUGUUCAUAAGCUUGCAGACAGAACACUUGCUAGUAUUGGUGAAUAUAACCACAAUCAUUUUAUUAGCGCAACUUUGUGAGGUCAUGUUCUUUGUACCGACCGUAUUUUAAAGUUGUAAUUUUUAAGUUCGUUUUCCGUAAUUUAAAUUGAGCCUUUUCAAAUCUUACGCUUUUACGACUUUUGCAUUUCCUAAGAAAAGACGCUAUGUUAGUUGUAAAGUGCGCUGCUCACAGUCCCCUUUUCCGUAAGAUGGCCGAGCUCCUUCCCUCACGGGCAGCCAUCUUGCUUUCAAUUGUACUGAGUGCAGCUUGAGUACCAGUCCCUCGGUACACAUGAAACCAAUGAAACCAGACAGCAAUGAUUUAUAUGCAAAUAAAGCUUGCGUAGCCGAUGACUUCGGAACCGCGCCGUGCGGUUGAGAAUUGAGAACUUUGAGACCCACAGGUUUGACAUAGUCGGUCACAAGACAGUCCUGGGCGAUCUUAGACAAGAAAGGUGUCGGAGAGAUGGGCCUUAGAUCUCUUUUAAGGCCCUUCACUAGUUUUUUCGAUAGUGGUGAUACAUGAGCCAGCUUCCAUGCGGGAAAGCCGCUGUUCCUGAAGGGAGGUGCUGUUAAUUCUGCUUAUUAAAAAACCAGGAAUUUCAGCGCAUUCCUUCAGCAUCAAGUUCGGGAUCUCAUUAGAACCACAUGCUUUAGUUGGAUUAAGCUUCGCCAAUAACUUAAAAAUACGCUAGUCAGACACUUCAGUGAGUUUCAUUGAAUCCUCGUCCCCAGAUAGUUGAGCCAGCGGUUGGGGUAGACGUAACUCCUAAGAUUUCUAAAUCUGUUGGGUUAAUUUAAAAAGCUAAAUACUAUUUGCCCUCAAAAUCUCCUCUUACACUAUAUUACGCGUUUAUUUAUCCUAUCUUACUGCAAUUUAAUGUGGGCCUCUACUUAUGUCACCAACCUGCAAGGAAUUUACCUACUACAAAAAAGAACAUUCUGGGCUAUCUCUAAGUUCAAGUAAACCUCUUUUUGCAAAUUUGAAAAAUCUUGAUGUUUUUAGUAUCUAUACUAUUUCCAAGUAAGUUCUUUCAUGUACCUAUAUCAUAAUGAUGCUUUACCUAUUUCUUUUACUCAAAUCUUUCAAACUGGAAAUCAAAUUCAUCAACAUUCAACCAGAUACUCUGACUUUUACCGACCUCACACCUGUAUAACAAAUAUUAAAAAAUUUUCGAUCCUGUUUCAAGGUGCUAGAAUAUGGAAUUCUUUACCGAACAACAUCAUAAACGUCGCAACUCUUAAUAUAUUCAGGCGUGUGAUCAAACCGUUGUUAAGGGUCAGACAAGAUGCAGCCCUUCAUAUCUAUUUUUUUUUCUCUAAACACACUUACAUACUCAAAUGCACGUCUUUUUUCUUCAUUUUUAAAUGCCGCCUAGUAUUUAAAUCGCCCGUGGGGGGAAAUCUGUAUUCCUCAUUAGCUCGUUGGCUUCUCGGAGAUUUGCCCGCCACAGUUACUCCUUCCAAGCUGUAUGCUAAUUUUAAAUUUAAUGUUAAAUAACCUAUUUUUUAAUCUACUUGUAAUUUAUUCUGUGUGGCAAAAUAAUGAAAUAAAUACUAUUAAAAUAAGGGCUCAAGGAAGGCCUCAUUGAUCGCAUUAGCUAGCUCCUCCGCUUAAAGAUUUUCAACGCCUUUAGUAAAAUUUUUGUAGAACAGCGGCUGUUGUCCUUCACCUUUGGCUCGGCUGUAACAAUAUUGUGAUCUGAGACACCAAAGGGCGGAAAUGAACGUGGUUCGUCAUAGCAAAUAUGCAGAUUAGGAAGAGCCAAUUCAAGGAUUGCCGCAUUUCUUUUGGUUGGUUUCUUCACGAUUUGUUUAAGUCGAAAGUGUUUCGUGAUCGACCUGACGUCCAGACGAUUGAAGUCAUCCGCCACAAUAAGGAUACUAAAAGGGUAUCUUGACUCAGCCACUGGGAGGGAUUGAAAUAAAUGAUCAAGCAUAGAAUUAUUUCUUUUCCCUGUCCAGUGAGGAUGGUAGACUACUGCAACAAUUAGGGAAGAGAAACCCUUUGGCAGUCGGUUCGAUUACAACUGCACCCACUGCAGGUUCUCGUAGUCGUUGCUACACGAACGUUGAUCAAGUUGGUGAUAUCUAAAAUUGCCAUCUCUGAUAUAGAGGCACAACGUCUGCGUGGGAGGCUACUGUGUAGCAGACCAGAGAGGAGGACUUUCAUAGGCGGGCUUAGAGGUUUACGUUGCAGGUUUUGGUCUCAUUUUGGGUCUUCAGGUACUGAUGGGGUUGUCCAUAAAAGCAAAGUGUCCGCAACGAAGCGAGAGUCGACUGUAGCUUAAAGGUGUUUCGAUGGUUAGAUUAUCAAUCCCAACCAUUUUUCUUCGUAAAGAAGACGAUAGUUAAAAUAAUGUUUGAAUUAUUAGUUUGUAAAAAGGUUGACAUCAGUGCAUGGAAACAAGUAAAUGGCACUUACAUGUUGAUUUCAGGUUAUCAAGACACUGAAACGAGCUCUUCAACCAGUUAUCUCAGAUGUGAGCGUAGCCUGGGACCUAACAGAAGGCUGGACUGUGCAGCAAAUCCCUUCAUCUCUUCCUCCGCUCUUCAGUGGUGACAGACUUGUGGUGUAUGGCCUUCUGAAGCCUUCAGAAAAUGCAAAGCAAGGAAUGAAUAAAGUACGAUUACAAGGCAUGUUUGGAAAUAAUGAGAAAGUUGAACAUUUGAUCAGCUUUCCUACUUCUCUCCUGCCGACGACUUGUGUGACAGAUGAUGCAGCAAACGCAAGUGUCUUCCUACAUCGCCUGGCGGCUAAAACGUUUAUCCAGGUAAAGCAGGAUGUCCUGAAUGAAGGGUAUAACGGCGGCGUGGAAGAUGGAGGCCACAAAACUUUGUUAAUCAGCGUUAGUAAGUCAGCAAAUGUGGUGUCAAAGUUUACGUCGUUUGUGGCUGUUGAUAAAGAGAGCCAUCAGCCGGUAUCUGGACCCCUUCAGCGACAAUUUGUUCCUUCCUUUGGUUUGGUCUGUGAUUGUUACGAAUCAUCUGACGACGGUUCGGAUGUCGACCUUUGCUUGGCAACGAAAGGCAAAACGUAUAAUAGUACUGUGUGGUGUGAAAUUCCGCGGGAAAGUUCCGUCAGCGGAGCAAGUAGACCAGUCCCUACUGAAAAACAGACGAGUUUGAAGCAGUCUAUAGGCUCCUUUUUCUCGAAACUGUUUAGUGGGGCAUCGUUGUCGCGACCAAAGGGAAAAGAUCAAGGGCAAUCCUCUUAUGCUGCUUGUGCCUUGGAAGAGGCGGAACGCGAUAACAUAACCAAACAAGAAAAAGAACCAGAAGAAGACGCCCCAGCUUUGUUGUCAGUUAUAUCAUUACAGAAAGCCUCAGGAGCCUGGGACCUCACCGACCAGCUGGUCUCCCUGUGUGGAACGAGCAAAGAUUCUUUGAUCACAGGAUGCCCAGCAGCGAUUGCAGUUGACUCGUCUGAAGGGAAGCUGUUAUGGGCCACUGCUCUGGCUCUGGUGCUGUUGAUGGGCAAGUUCGGGAAUAAGAAGGAUGAAUGGGAGAUGGUCCAAGAGAAAGGCAAAAAGUGGAUGAAGAAAAAUCUACCAGCAGCCAUUAAAUACGACGAAGUGAUAACGUUUGCAGCAGCUACAGUUGGAGUCCAGAUAUCAUGAACACCUGAACAGAUUAUUCAAAUAAUGAGGACUAGUUGUUCAUAAGCUUGCAGACAGACCACUUGCUAGUAUUGGUGAAUAUAACCACAAUCAUUUUAUUAGCGCAACUUUGUGAGGUCAUGUUCUUUGUACCGACCGUAUUUUAAAGUUGUAAUUGUUAAGUAAGUUUUCCGUAAUUUAAAUUGAGCCUUUUCAAAUCUUAGGCUUUUACGACUUUUGCAUUUCCUAAGAAAAGACGCUAUGUUAGUUGUAAAGUGCGCUGCUCACAGUCCCCUAUUUUUCCGUAAGAUGGCCGCGAUCGAGCUACUACCCUCACGGGCAGCCAUCUUGGUUUCAAUUGUACUGAGUGCAACUUGACUACCAGUCCCUCGGUACACAUGAAACCAAGAUGGCCGCCCGUAAAGGCAAGCGCGGUUUGGGCCGAGCGCUGCAGAUAUAUCAAUACGUUAUACUACACCUUCUAUUAGAUUCAAACAUGUGGUAUAGAUAAGCUAGAACAGAGCUGAGCGACAUUUAGCAUAGAAUACUGUAAGAACGGAGGCCAGAAAAAACCUGCCGGAAAAGAAAAAAGAAGAAGAAACCAGUAGGGAAAAACUUGGCAGGAAAUCUGGGUAGGAUCCAUGGCACAUGCUCAGAAAAGCCUAUCCUACGAUGGCUACACGGGUCGAAAGUCUCUGCCCACACUUCUGACCAUGUAUUCCAACAGAGCACGGUAAAUUCGAACUAAUUAUUGGAAAACAAACGAAAAAUAUCGAAAACAAGUGAAAACCCUCUCGAAACUCGAUCUAUCACUUAAUGAAUGAAAUAUAUAAUAAAUAAAUGAAUAAGUAAAUAAAUAAUAACGUGGGCUAGACGAGGUGUCGGCCUAGAAUGCUUUCCCACGUGAUAAGCACUCCUUUCAUAGGACUCCAUUCUACCCAUACGGCACUUCAACGGAAACCGCCCCAGUCCCUACUGCUUCCGUGCCGCAGAAAUACUUCAUUUCCGGCCAAUUCGUAUCCACUUAAACACCGGAAAUACCAUAACCUAAAAGACCUCUUUAGCUUGUACGUUUUAUAACGGUCUCAGCUCUCAGGUUAGUUCGAAAGAAACAGUUUUCCAUAGUGUUAUCACGUGAGGUCUAUUAAAAAUUUCCUCACUACAAUGAAGUCUAAAAUUCCGAUUGGGCGCUACUUGAACCUGUCCAUGUCACGCGACUUGUGAUCCCACCAGCUACGCAGGUUAUCACUCCCCAGGUGGAACCGUUCGUGGUCCUUUUUCAACACAAUUCUUUACGGUAGCAAGGCCAUUUACGGAGAGCAAAACAAAUAUAUUUCUUUACGUCCCAACAAAUCUAAUGCAGGUAUAGAAGAUAAUAAAGAGAGGUUUUCGACCUAAACCAAGUCAAGUCCCUUAUGUUCACUUGGAGUCCUUAUACCGUAAAUGAUGAGUUUUAGCAAACCGUUACCAGAAAACGUAUUGCAUUCAUGCAAUGGAGGGGGCGGGGCUGGGGAAUAGCUGGCAAGGGCAAUAAUAUUCUCUUAAUGUCAGAUCCCGAGGUAAACAGUUAGUUUUGUUUUCCCGAGACGAAGUCGAGGGAAACAUCAGGACUCGAGGGAAAACAAAACUAACUGGUUUCCCGAGGGACCUGACAUUAAGUGUUUUGUUAUAUUCCUAGACUUUCACUUCAACAGCAACAAAAGAAUAACCGGAGCUAACCAAAACAGUCGACUCGGUACUUAUAACAACACAAAUAUAAUUCUCAAAACCACUGAAUGAAUGAUUUACAAAGUACUUUCCUUAUAUAUUAUCUGCAUCUAUUUCCUCCACUAGCUGCUGUUUCUCUUCUGGGAUAACUAUAAAAAUCGUUGCUUUUUAGCUUGAGGCUUCGUGUUUGUGUUGUUGUGUUCAUUCACGAAAAAGAAAACUGGCAGUGUUUUUCCUGCCUUCUGUCAGGCCACUUUCCACCAUGCUUUGAUCAUGUGCUGUAAUGUAUCCCGAGCGGGAUACAUUGCGUAAUGUAUAACGAUCGGGAUACAUUUGAUUUUAGUCAAGGCCACGUGACUAAGAAUCAACCAAUGGCAGUCCCUGUUUAGUCAAGUGAAAGUCUAGGAAUAUAACAAAGUGUAAUAUUCUACCAUAGGUACAGUCGACUCUCUCUUAACGGACACUGCCUUUCUUUACUCCUUUUAUUUGACUCUCUAUAAGACGGACAUCACUCUUGGACGGACACUUACUGCCUGUCCCAAAGGUGUCCGUCUUACGGUGAUGUUACACGAGACGACUCGCAACAACGACUUUUAGCGCAACACAGUGUUGCAAAAUUGUUGCUACAUAGUUACAUCAUUGUUCCAACAUAGCAACUCUGCGUUGCGCUAAAAAUCGUCGUUGCGAAUCGUCCCGUGUAACAUCACCUUUAGCGGGAGUUGGCUGUAUUCACGACUUGGUAAUAAGGUAUGGCAAAUCGCUCAAGUGUGGGACAAACCCACAGAGAGGCGAACUCUUGGAACGGGCAGGACCAACCCCGACUUACUCGUCGGGUAGAGUUACGAACUGAAGCACCUAUAAACUGUUUUACAGUCCCAUUGGCUUAAUCCCCAGGUUAUCACUUACCCGACUACAAAUCGAACUUACGUAGUAAAUGGCUAUAGGAGCACCUUCUUUGCUGUGCUGGUGAGAGGCUGAUUGUUGCGUUAGCGAAGCACGUAAACCGAAAUUGAACUUUUUGCAUUCCUUUCCGGUGGUUUUACCCAUAUUUUUGGGCAAAUUGUUUCUAUAUUAGAACAGUAAGCAAUUAUGCAAAGUUAGUAGCCUCAAGGAGUAUUAAAAGAGAAAACUCCUCCCUUUCGGUUUACGUGCGUCGCUCACAAACGCCUUUGCUCAAGCUCGAUUCCUUACCGGCCUUACCGCCAGACUCAAAUUCACGAGCUCUUUCUCAGUAGUGUCAACGGGUUCUUCUAAUCGUGCGACUUGCGCUCUAAGGUUGCCGGCGCGGUUCUUAUAUAUAAUAGUGCGUUAUUAGCCAGCCUUCAGUCUGAUGUUUUUUAUCUAAUUAAUUGUUCUUUUAUGCGGGUGUUUACUGUAUUCAAGUUAUUGUUGUAGGAUGCAGUUGCGGAGUCCCUGUCACUUUGCAUUGGGCUUCCUGUGGCAACACCCCUUCUAGUUUAAUUCGUUCUGUUGGUGUUUUUGUUUGUUUGUUUGUUUUUUCACAUGUAUAAGUGUCUUGGAUGAAAUUAAUAAGGGGAAAAAUAUAUAACAAAAAUCUCUUUUUUAAUACACUUACACCGGGGCAGAAAAAAGGAAAUCAAGGGUCAAGUUUCAGUUCGUCAAAAGCUUUGCACUAGACGGUCGAAGUUACCCUCGUGUUGUUCCUUUACUUUCCUUCAGGAUUAUUAGUGAAUAAACUGGGCGUGAUCCUCUUUACGGUGAUGACAAACAAACUGCUGUCUGACUGGCGGCUGCGCAUCAAGUACGUCGAUGAUACCAGUGCUCUCGAAAUAAUUCCAAGGAACUCCCCUAGCUUACUUAAUGUAGUGGCCUCAGACAUUCACAAUUUUGCCAUUGCUCAUAAUAUGAAACUUUAUGCAACCAAAUGUAAAGAAAUGCGUAUUAAUCUCCUACAUAACUCUAAUUGUCUCAUUAACCCGAUAAUAAUUGGCGGCAAUGUCACCAAGCGUGCCAAUACCUAUAAGAUCUUUGGAGUUAUUAUAGACAAUGACCUGAAGUGAAACUGUCAUGUUGAUUACAUUAUUAAGAAAGCUUGUAAGAAGUUAUACUCCCUUAGAGUUCUCCGUAGAGCCAGGGUGAGCCAACCCAACAUCUUGAGGAUAUACCUUAGCACAGUCCGGCCGGUUUUAGAGUAUGCUGUUCCAGUGUGGCAGAACAUCCCUGCUUAUCUGUCCGAAGCCAUAGAGCGAGUGCAAAAAAGGGCGCUUAACAUAAUCUACCCCGAGGCAGAGUCAUAUGCUCAUGCCUUACAGUUAGGUAAACUAGAUAGGUUAGAUGGUAGAAGAUUACUCUUGUGCUACAAAUAUAUGGCAAAAAUGAAGUCCCCCAGCCACCCUCUGCACCACCUACUUCCCAGCCCACUUCUGGACGCGUCUAACUACACCUUAAGGCAGAAAACACAAAAGUAUUAUCUUUUCCGGAACAUGCAGGUCUGUAGGACAAAGAGAGUGGAGGACUUCUUUACAUUUAAAUUUUUUAAGUGAUUCAAUUGUUAUUUUCAUUGUUAUAACUGUAAAUUACUAUACUCUAGAUAAUAGUUGCCUUAUGAUUGUAAAAUGUACUCGAUAAUUCAGUUCUUUUUACUGCAAGAGAGUUCUUAUAAACGGCAGCACUGCUCAUUCCUAUUUGUAUUAUUUUUUACCAACUUUAGGUAAUCAAGACAUUAAAGAGAGCUCUGCAACCAGUUAUAACAGAUGUCGAAUUGUCAUGGAAACUACCGAAAGACUGGAAUGGAUACCAGAUCCCCGCAACCCUUCCUCUGUUGUUUCUAGGAGACAGACUUGUUGUGUAUGGUGACCUCAAUUGUCGGCAAGGAGGUCUUACCAAAAGUUGUAAAAAGGGCAAAGAAGAAUUGACUGCAAAAGCAAUCCUGAAAGGCAGACUGGGGAACAAAAAGGCAGCGAUACAUCACGAGAUUCAUUUUACUUUCUCUCGUGAAGGGGAUGAAGCUGAAGUGAAUGGAGGGAGUAUUCAUCGUCUUGCAGCCAAGCAGCUCAUACAAGAAAAACAAGGUGCCUACAACAACGGAAGCCGGACUUGGAGUGACGAGAAAAAAGAUGCUUUCAAACACACAGUGAUUUUCAUUAGCAAAGCAACGAACAUAGUUUCCAAAUUCACUUCGUUUGUCGCUGUUGACCAAGACAAUCAUCAGCCGGUGUCAGCACCGUUGAAAAAACGACCUGGGGUUUGGGAGGAAGGAGGUGAUUUAUAUAGUGAUUCGGAGGGUAGUUCAGAUGACGAGUGUGAAGACGAGGACUGCGAGGUUCUGUGUAACACCCCUGUGGCAAAGUAUCACAUCGACCAGGAUGACUUUUACGAAAACUUCCAAGAAAAGGGAGAUUGUGUGGCAAAGCGAAGGGUAGUAGCAGUACACUCCGUACUGGCAUUGCAAGAUGCUCGCAUUGAAAGAUGUCAAAAACAAUGUCAACUACUGUUAGUGAAGGCCUUACAGAAAUUCUCAGGGGCCUGGGACCUCACUGACCAGCUGGUGGCCCUGUGUACAACAAGCCAAGAAGCCUUGAUCGCAGGAUGCCCAAGAGAGAUAGCAGUUGAGACAGCUGAAGGGAAGCUAUUAUGGACCACUGCACUAGCACUGGUUCUGUUGAUGGGCACGUUCUCGGAUCAGAAAGAUGAAUGGGAGAUGAUCGCCGAGAGAGGCACAAAGUGGAUGAAGAAGAACCUACCUAAUGCUGUUAACUACGAUGAUGUGUUAAAAUCAGCAGCUGCCGUCAUCGGAGUUCAUAUAUAA